AUGACUGUGAGUUACGGCAGUAUCAUAGCAACCGUUAAAUACGGGUCAUUUUUUCGCCUGCUAUUCCGUUGGCGUGGCAGUCUUUAUAAGUUAGUAUGGCCAGGAUUAUUGGUUUAUUGCUUCUUUUACGCUGCUGUAGCUGUCGCAUACCACAGUAUCCCAGACAAACCGGAAUAUCGAAGUGCUAAGUUGCUUUUUGUUAGAGUAUGCUACUACGCCGGACGUGUAACAGAUGCUGUUCCUCUAUCUUUCGUCCUUGCAUUUUAUGUGAAUUUGGUUGUUGGUCGAUGGUGGCAGCAGUUUCUUUGUUUGCCAACUCCAGAUGCCAUAUGCCUACUUUUGUCAGCAUAUAUAGGCGAAAACUCAGAGUCAAACGACAGUAAACUUGCAGUAAGUGACGAUGAAAGAUCACUGGUGUACAGAAGAACUAUUACGCGUUAUGUUAAUUUGGCUUCUGCCUUGUGCUUUUGCUCAAUAUCCGUCUGUAUGAAGCAACGAUUUCCAACACUUGAUAGCUUGGUUAUGUGUGGUUUAAUGACCGAACAAGAAAUGGAGAUUUAUUCAAGAUUAGAUGACUCAACAAACAGCUUUUUCGUCCCAUUAGUGUGGGCCAUAUCUCUUAUUACUAAGGCCCGAGAAGAAAAGAUGAUACGUGAAGACCGGCAUGUGGAUGCAAUUGUUAAUCAAGUGGUAAAUUUCUGGGAAAAAUUAAACAAACUAUGCUUGUAUGAUUGGGUGAAUGUACCUUUGGUUUACAACCAGGUUGUAGCACUUGCUGUUUACAUUUACUUCGGUGUGACAAUCUUCGGCCACCAGUUUGUUGAUGCUUCCUUAAUUAUUAAAGCGGCUAACCUAAAGGUUAACAAAUCCAGUUUAUCACCAGCCAAUAACAGUAUUGUCGGGAAUCCAAUCAAUAUUUUCGGUAAUCUGUCUGAUUUUGUAAAAGCAUCAACUGAUGAGAAUACUGAUGAUAUCCCAUUCCCUCAAUUCUAUUCAAAUAUUCCGCUGUUCACAAUCCUUUCUUUCAUUUUUUAUAAUGGUUGGCUUAAAGUAGCCGAAUCGCUUGUAUCACCUUUCGGUAUGGAUGAUGAUGAUUUUGAAGUUAUUCCCUUGUUGGAGAGAAAUUUGAAUGCAAGUUUAUUUUUUGUAGAUGCAGGAGUCUCAGAUCCUAGUUUAAUUCCUGAUCUGGUGAGGACAGUUUGUAGAGUUGAUGUUGAGGAUUAUGAUAAUUACGGUACCGAUGGGGAUAACCUUAGUCGAUCCACCACUCCAGGAGGUCAUCGUACUAGACCAAAAGGACCCCCAUCAACUUUUGGUUCAGUUGUGGAUAAUGAUAUGCCUUAUCCGCCACUGCCACCCAGUCGUGAACGCAGACCAUCACAUACUGCCUUUAUAGGAUCUUUGGCAGUAAUGGCAGCAACCCCGAAAGAAAGCGAUUUAAAAACUGCUCGAUCUAUCUCACCAUAUCCAGAAUCUGAUCAAGAAAGUGCACAGUUUAGUCCUGAUACACUAUUUGCCUCAGUAGAAUCAUCUAUUCAUCAUUUAGGAACAAAACUGAAAAAAUUCUCAUUUGUUCGACCAAAUACCUCAGCUAUACAUGGAGUAAUUAGUCGCACUCCAAGAUCUGUGAAUCCAACCAAAACAGAAAGUGUUGCGUCUAUUCGGAGUGAACUUAACUCUCACAAUAUUUGA